UAUUAUUUCUUACAUACGUAAAUACGCGAUGCUGACCAAUGAAGACUAAAGAGUGAACACUGAACAUUGUACAUUUGCAUUUUGUACCAUUCGGACCGUCCACUUCGUUAACAAGUCCGUAACGUUACCUAUUUUGAUAGUUGAUAGAUAGGUCGUAGGAAAGAAGUAUUCCAUUUCCUGGUCUUGCCAUUUUUGUGUCGCCUAAAACGUCGAAAACUCAAUUUCUUUUACAGCAACGUAAAUUAUUUUAAAAUGAUUUUGAAUAACAUCUUAAGAUACUCAAAGAAUGUUGGCUCCAAGGUCAACGGACAUAGGUUACAAAGCACAUUAAUAAUUGCCGAACAUGACAAUGAGAAACUUGCAGCCGUAACACGUAAUGCUUUAACAGCUGCAAAGAAACUUGGUGGUGAAGUAUCUGUGCUCGUAGCUGGCACCAAAAUCGGAUCGGUGGUAGAAGAAGUUACCAAAGUAUCUGGUGUGAACAAAGUACUUAAAGCGGAGGGUGAAGAAUUCAAAGGAUUUCUGCCUGAAAUUCUUGCUCCAUUGGUAUUGGCUACACAAAAAAGAAUUAAUGCUACCCAUGUAUUAGCUGGCUCCAGUGCUCAGAGCAAAUCACUUUUACCUAGAGUGGCCGCAUUAUUAGAUGUAUCUCCAGUUACUGAUGUUAUUGACAUCAAAUCACCUGAUACAUUUGUACGAACCAUUUAUGCAGGAAAUGCAAUAUUGACUCUGAAGUCACUAGAUGCUGUCAAAGUACUCACUGUACGAAGUACCAGUUUUGAAGCUGCUGCUGAUGGGGGUUCUGGUUCUAUUGAAGAUGCUGUACCUGCAGGUAGUUAUGAAAAAGGAUCAGGAUCAGAAUGGAUUAGUCAAGAACUGACUAAAAAUGAUCGACCCGAUUUGGCUUCUGCAAAAAUUGUUGUGUCUGGAGGACGAGGUGUCAAGUCUGCUGAAAAUUUCAAAAUGAUCUAUGAUCUUGCUGACAAAAUGGGGGCAGGUGUUGGAGCUUCACGAGCAGCUGUGGAUGCUGGUUUUGUUCCAAAUGACAUGCAAAUUGGGCAAACAGGAAAAAUUGUUGCUCCGGAAUUAUAUUUGGCUAUUGGCAUUUCUGGUGCUAUUCAACAUUUGGCUGGUAUGAAAGACUCUAAAACCAUUGCUGCCAUAAACAAAGAUCCCGAUGCACCAAUUUUCCAAGUAGCCGAUUAUGGGCUAGUUGCUGAUUUGUUUAAGGCUGUUCCCGAAAUGAUCGAAAAAAUAAAAUAAUAGGGAUUUGGUUUAAUAUUUUUGUUUGUUAUUAUUAUAAUUUGUUUAUUACAAUAUCAGUUAAAUGUGUAUGAUUCACAAUAAAGUAUUUUUUUUAUGAUUACAUGAGAACAUAAUACUGGUGGUUUUACACUUUUGUUGGUUAUAAAACCAUUAUCAUUACUUAUACACAAAUUUUAUUUUUUUAGUAUAUUUAUAAAAA